AUGAAUGAAGCGCCAUUCUUUAAAACCUUUUUUGGACAGUUAGAUUCAUCGGAUUCAGAGAGCUAUGGCACUCCGUGUAUAAGAAUCGCCCGCGAGUUGUCUGCAUCGCGUGCACUGUUAGGAUCGUUCCGUUUGUGUACACGCUCGGUCCAUGAAACGCCCGGAAGUAAAAUGAGUGACACGAAUGUCACACCGACAAACGGCGGAGUUUCGGCUCGUGCCUGUUUAUCUUUAGAUCAGCUUCAUCCACCGAAAAAAAUCUCCUGUACGACGCUGAAAGUCGACAUGAUACCAAUCCGACAUGAAAGUCGUCCCACUACACACAUGUCCACAUCGCAUUCCGGUUAUAGCGAUUCGGUUUUGAGCAUGGUGGAAGGAAAAUCUUUGCUCAAUCGUUCAACUCCCAUACCCGAAUUGAAUUUGGCAUCCGUUGUCACUCAGUCUCAGGCCAAUUUGAAUAGACAAAUUCUGUAUGGAACAUAUUUGUCCAAUUCUACCGCUUUGCGUAAAAGCAGUGCUCCCGCGUCCCAAACACAAGCUAAAUACCGAAUUCCGUUUGUGGCUAGUCACACAUGGAAUAGCAAUAUUGGUCUUGGACCGUUGGGAGAACUGCAGCUUAGUGAUGAUCCUACAGUGAUGCGAUUCGAGAGCCUACAAAGGAAUCGGAUUACUAAAAUCGAUCACUUGUACCGCUUGACCCAGCUGGUAUUUCUCGACCUCUCUCACAAUCAGGUUGGCUUGAUCAGUGGUUUGGAUCAGUUACAUGAACUCCGAGUGCUCUUGCUUGGCCAGAAUCACAUACGACGUAUUGAGGGAUUGGAACAACAACGCAAUUUGGAAGUGUUGGAUUUGCAAAGAAACGGAAUUCAGAAAAUUGAGAAUAUUGCGCAUCUGAGCAAACUACGGGUGCUAAAUUUGGCCAUGAACGGGGUUGUGUUUCUGAACGGUUUAUCUGGACUGAUCUCCCUUACUGAGGUCAAUUUGCGUCAAAAUAAUAUUGUGAAAAUUGAACCGCUGAGUAAUUUGCCCCGAUUGAGUUGGAUUCAGCUGAGCUUCAACAACAUUGAAAGAUGGAGUCAGAUUAGUGGAUUAUCAAAACUACCGGCCACAGCCAAAGUGGUUUUGGAUGGAAAUCCAAUUGUAAUGGAUCCAUCGUAUAGGCGAUUGAUGCCAACACAAAUGGCGUUGACCCCCGAAGUUGAGAACAGUCAUCAAAACAGUCGGGUCUACAGAUGCGCCCGUCAAACCUCCCACAUUAUCAGUAGUCAGCUUCCCUUGGGUAUGGUCACCACCAACACCCCAGGCACUGAAGUGUACGAUGUGAGCCAGAUCCAUCUGCGAAUACCCGAAGUCACAAAUAAUGUCAAUGAUAAACAUAAUGUGACAGGGCAAAACGGAGCAGGAGGAGCAUUAACAUUACAACCAGUUGAACUUGAAGGUCUAGCUGCAGGUGAUCAUCAUUCGAAGAGUGCUAGCAUCACCAAGGUAACCGAUUUACCAGCUAACAAGGGAACAAACUGCGUGAGUGCAGCCGUAUUAUCCACCGAAAGUUUUCAAAGAAUACCAUCCGAUACUUCGAGGUCUGACUCACCUCCAACGGAACCGCCUACAUCCACGAAACCACAGUCUAAAAGCAGAAAAAGAACAAUGACGGAUGAAAGCUUCCUAAGAUCCCAUUCAGAAAUUUGUCAAAUAUCUGUCAUUCAUUGGCAAGUUGUGGAUCGCACGCAUAUUCGAUUCGAAGCUAAAUUAUACAACGAUGAUCCAGAGGGUAGCCUUUUAUUAACAAGUGCUGAAACCACUGGGUUCAAAAACCUUGGAGCUGCUUUGAAUGAUUUGGCUUUUGCAGUAAAGUCAGCGGAUCGAUUGACUCCCAGUAAUUCUUAUCCCACAAAAGCAACCAAUUUGACACAAGUAACACAAAUCUCCCUGUAUCAAAUAACAUGGAAUGACUUCAUUGGAGAAAUACCGCAAAUUCGAAUAAUUUUCCCCGAACUAAAAUGCCUCACCAUCAGAAGCGUAGGUUUGAAAAAAUUGAUAGAUAUUGUGGCAUUGACACGACUGCGUCGAUUGGAAUCGCUUAUAGUGGAUCCCGGUGCAAAAAACCCUAUUGUACAACAGGCUGGACAAUUUUGGCGUCCGUUUGUGAUAUGGAGUCUCAAAGAUGCAUUGGAUCUGCGACAUCUGGAUCGAGUUGAGGUAAGAAGUGAACAAUGGGAAAAGUUUUAUGCAAUAUACUUUCCCUAA